GCCCUGUGUGCAGCCUGCAAUGGCGGGGAGAGGGAAAGGGGUGGCUCCUAGCAUGAACAGUAGAGAGGUCCCACAGGGUAGUGGCCUGGGGCGGGGGGGUCACCUGGCCCCCCACUGCAAAACAGUACACUCCCACACUCCGCCACUCACAGCCGAAAUCCAGGGGACAGCUCAGUGCACAGGGGUCCCUGAUGCUCCCCACUGCAAUAUAGCAACCCUCUGCUGUUCACAAGCCAGAUGCUGAGGAAGGGAGGAAACCUUCCAGCUGUGUCUGUGCUCCCCGAUCCCAUGUCCCCUCCCUCCACCCUCUCUUUCAGACCUUCCCCCCUACACAUGCUGUCCAUGCAGGCUCUGUCAGGCAGGGCAAGUGGACAGGGCAGUGUACCUGGAGCUGUGCUGAAGGACCAGGUAGAUGAGUCAGAACUUCUCACUGUUCCUGAUGGAUGGAAAGAACCAGCCUUUACAAGAGAAGAUAAUCCUAGAGGGCUUCUGGAAGAAAGCAGCUUUGCAACUCUGUUUCCGAAAUACAGAGAAGCUUACUUGAAAGAGUGUUGGCCAUUGGUGCAGAAAGCCUUGAAUGAACAUCAUGUGAAUGCGACGUUGGACUUAAUUGAAGGUAGUAUAACUGUCACCACAACUAAGAAGACUUUUGAUCCAUAUAUGAUCAUCAGGGCAAGAGACUUAAUAAAGCUUUUAGCAAGAAGUGUUCCAUUUGAACAGGCAGUACGCGUCCUUCAGGAUGACACUGCAUGUGACAUCAUUAAAAUAGGGUCUCUAGUGAGAAACAGAGAGAGAUUUAUAAAAAGAAGACAAAGACUCAUUGGGCCAAAAGGAUCCACUCUGAAGGCUCUGGAACUGUUAACAAACUGUUAUAUCAUGGUUCAGGGGAACACUGUUUCAGCUCUGGGACCUUUUAAUGGGCUAAAAGAGGUUAGGAAAGUGGUCCUGGACACUAUGAAGAAUAUUCAUCCCAUAUAUAACAUAAAGACUCUCAUGAUUAAACGGGAGCUGUCAAAGGACCCUGAACUAAGAACACAAAGUUGGGAACGAUUUUUGCCUCAGUUCAAACACAAGAACUUGAACAAACGCAAGGAGCCAAAGAAGAAAAAUGUUAAGAAGGAGUACACGCCUUUCCCACCUCCGCAACCAGAAAACCAGGUUGAUAAAGAAUUGGCAAGUGGUGAAUACUUCUUGAAAGAAAGCCAGAAGAAACGAAAGAGGGUGGAAGAGAUAAAGGCAAAACAAGCAGAAGCCGUUAGAAGGAGACAAGAGGAAAGAAAUAAAGCUUUUAUCCCUCCCAAGGAAAAGCUAGUUGUAAAACCUAAAAAAGCUUCUACUGAAACAAAAAUUGAUAUUGAAGCAAUCAAGGAAAAAGUGAAGAAAGCAAAGAAAAAGAAGCUGGGAGCACUUCCAGUGGAAGAAGUUAAAUUAAAGAUUGCAGCAGAUGAAAAGAAAAAGAAGAAGAAGAAGAAAUGAUUUGCCAGCUGGAACACUUGCAUUUCUUUACACUUGCAAAGGAACUGUUUUUCUACUUUGAAGAUUUAAGACUUGGGGUUAUCAGCGUUGCUAUACUGCCAGUGAACACUGAUGAAAAGAUUCAAAAACAUGUUCAUGACAGAGAGACUAUGUUGGGGAUUUAUGGACCUAAAUAAGCAGUGUAAAAUCUUUGGAGCUUGAAAAGAAAAUCAUUUGAUAUCCUCUCUGUCACAUCGUAAACAACUGAAAAGGUACAAUAGUAUCUUUUCACCAUUCACAUCAUAUACGUGAGAGCAAUUAGGAGUUUUAAACCUUACAUGAAGGUUUUCAGUAUUGCAUAAUACAAAAAGCAAGUUGGGGAAGGGGGGUUGGUACAGAACGCUAAACAUCAGGCCAUAAGAAUUUGUGAGGAAUAUGUUAGGAGAUUGUUUUGGGGUUUUUUGAAGAAAUGUUUCUCUAACAGUAUAACAUGCUUCAGAUAUGGAGAUGUUAAAUCUGAUAACUUUUUUGUAAAAGCAACCAGUUGUAUUUUUAUAUAUUAUAUGUCAUUCUGUUUAUCAGAGCUAAUAUUUAUUUUU